CGGACUGGGGUUUCUGUUGGUCAGGUGCGCGAGCGAUCAGGUGUGUUGGGUUUCCGGUGAGAGCUCCGCACCGGGCGCGCGCGCCGUUAAGCAGUUCCGAUAGAAAGCUCUAUGAGAAGGUGAAGGCGCGCGCGCAUUGUGAUGAAGAGAGGAAAUGCUGAUCAUAGGGAAGUGAUGAGUGACUGCACAGGAAGUAGAAAGCGCGUGCAGGUUGAGGGUGUAGGGAUGUUGUACCCUAGAUGAUGCGUGAAGCAGAAGCAGGUUCACCGCGCGCGCUCUUGAUUUUUAUCCCUUUUCCCCUUUAAUUUUUAUUUUCCCCGUUUAAUCGCCGUUUCUCCGUUUUUCUUUGAGAUGGCCAUCUCGGUUAUAAGAUUCUUGAAACCGUUAUAAAAUAAAGCGUUCUGUAAUGCUCGUGAGAUGGAAACCGAGCCGUGCGGUUCCGGUGGCCGCGCUCGCGCUCCUCAUCAUCGCCGCUUUUGCGCACUCGCGCCUGCGUAACGGGCACGUGAACGCGCGCAGAGACAAUCCACAUUCUUCCUCCCCCUCCUCAUCUUUCUCCUCUACCGGGACCGGCGCGCGAGGACAGCGGAGUGUCCUUCUCGAGGACGUGUUCAUCGCCGUAAAGAGCACGCGACACUUCCACCGAAACCGGCUCGCGCUCCUCCUGGAUACCUGGAUCUCCAAGACCAAAGAGCAUACGCAUAUCUUCACAGAUUCACCAGAUAAGGAGAUCAGCUCUAGAGGGUUCAACCUUAUUGUGACCAGUUGUUCACCUGAACACACUCGUGAAGCUCUCUCCUGUAAGAUGGCUGCUGAGUAUAAUCACUUCAUGGCGUCUGAUAAACAGUGGCUGUGCCAUGUAGAUGAUGAUAACUACCUGAAUCCAGGUGCACUGCUGUCUCUCCUGUCUGAAUUCCCAUUGGACAGAGAUGUGUAUGUGGGCAAACCCAGUCUGGAUCGACCAAUCAAAGCCCAGGAGGUGCUGCCUAGCAACAAAACGCGAGAUGUGCAGUUCUGGUUUGCUACAGGAGGUGCAGGGUUCUGUCUCAACAGGAAAUUAGCGGAGAAGAUGGCUCCCUGGGCGAGUGGGUCCAGGUUAGAACACACCUCAGCGGUAAUCAGACUUCCUGAUGACUGUGUGAUCGGUUUCAUUGUUGAGAGGAAACUGGGCGUGGCCAUGAUCCACAGCCACCUGUUCCACUCUCACCUGGAGAACCUACUGCUGCUUACACCUUCACAAAUCCUCACCCAGGUUACUCUGAGUUACGGUGUGUUGGAGAAUAAACUGAAUAGUGUCAGACUGGAUGGAGGAUUCAGUACAGAAGAAGAUCCAUCCAGGUUUAAAACCCUGCACUGUUUCCUGAAUCCUCUGACCAGCUGGUGUCCACAAGCAUAAACAUCUCACCUCCUACAAUCCCCCUGGAGGAAACCUCACACACUCGGUUCAGUCAGAAGAUCUCUAGGGAAAGUGUGUUCCAGAGGUCAAGGCAUCUAAGUAUCGUAAUCUCACCCAUAGACGCUGGGAGCUAGGAGCACCCGAGAGCAUCACAGAACUUUUCUUCUACUGAAUAUUAAACUGUUCCUGCUUCCAGUUUGAAGUGUUAAAGACUGCAGUACAGACAGGAACACACACACACACACACACACACACACACUGUGU